AUGGCUGAAACCCAGGACUUCCUUGUUGAGGAUUGGCAUGCGGAGGGCGAACCUGUCCCGGGGAAUAAAACUGGGUGUGAGGCGAGGCCGACGCCCCGAAGGGUGGUUGGCCUUGGACAGGAUGCCCUUGGGGAGAAAUAUGCAUCUGAGCCAUCUGUCCAUGAGGAGGUAUAUACCCCGGCGGAGGUAUCUGUCCCUGAGGAGCCUGCCCAUGAAGGUGUUGCUGAUUUUGAGGUGUCAGCGCUUGUGGGGGCAGUUGACCAUGAGGUUGGAUUUUGCCUUGUGUCGGGUAUCCUUGCGGCGGAAGCAUUUGCCCUUGAGGCGGCAUCCUCGAAUGAGGAGGCGCCUGGCCGUGGGGCAUUUGCCCUUGCAGAUGUUUCUGCUCGUGGGGAGGCAUCGGUCCUUGUUGAGGGUUUCCGAGGUUCAGAGGUGACACUUGUGGCAUCUGGCCCUGUGCUUGUGGUGACUCUGGAGGCGUCUGAGGUCUGCCAUGAGGUGCACUUGGGGGGAGGUGAUGAGGUGCAGGUUGAGACUGCCGUGGCGGUUUUUGCCCGCGGAGAGAUCCUUGCCGUUGGAAGCCUGGAGCGUGAGGUGAGGAGUGGGUGA